AGCUCAAAGUGGGCUUGCGCUUUUUGCUCGCCCCGGGCACCCAAAGUCUCACAACGAAGCUCUUGAGCCUCGUGGUGAGGGCAUGAAGGCCUUCCUGGCCGCACUGGCCCUUGCCUCGGGCGCCAAACUGAGGACAACGUCCCAGCAGGAGGCAACCUUCAUAGAGCAGAAGUCUGCGAGGUCGCUGGUGGCAAACUGCCCUGACAACCAGUUUCCGCACGUCAACCUCACCAUUGAGGGUGUAGGCGCGCAUGCGGACGUCUUGCCUCCAGAGAGGCUGCAGGAGCUGCAAACAAACCUAGCCGGCCAUCCAGACUGGGCCAUCGGGAAGCCAUGGGUUCUGAGUCUGGAAGCCGAUUCCCUGGAGCCGGCGGAAGAUCGUGAGUUCGGCUUCGCAGGCGGCGAGGGCUUCCUGGUAUUUAAGGUGCCCAGGGGGAGCGUCGGCAAGAAAAUCGCCGUCACCAGCACCGUGGAAACCUUGCCGGAUCACUCCCGCUUGGAGUAUAGGGGGGCUAAGCCAAUCACCAUAGACAACGCAAUCAAGAUGACAAAUAUUUGUCUUCGGCCAAUGACAUGCGAUAUCUUCUUCUCAAAGAAUCCAACCAUGUGCAAGAAUGAUGACCUCUGGGUCAGAAGGUCUCACCCGGAGAAUGUGGCGGGGCACACUAGGCGUGCGUGUUGCGAAGAGAUUAGAUGCGCAGAUGCCGCCCCGUGCGUGCCAGAAUCGAAGUAUGACAAGAGGCCCGACUACGGCAAAGCCUUUGGGAGCCAGCCCGACCACUGCUGCGUGCCGAAGCUGUGCGCCAGCAGCAUCUGCAACAGCAGCCAGUGGGAAGCAAAGCCCGGCAAUGUCCUGGGUAGCACAAAGGAGGAGUGCUGCACCCCUCGCGACUGCGAUGACUACACUUGCGCCUCCAAAUUUGUCAAAAAAGCCAAGAGGCACGACGCCGAGGGCCAUCCUGUGCUCCAGCAGGGCGGCACUGAUGAGGAAUGCUGUGAGCAUGUCUCUUGUGACCACGUGAAAUGCGAUGCCACGGACGAGUGGACGAAGAAUAUGACUGCCAAAUCGGGCAGCACCUUGGAGGAGUGCUGCAUCCCUUUGUACUGUGCCAAGCACAGCUGUGACCCAGCCACGGAAUGGGAGAAGGAUCCGGGCGCAGUGCUUGGAAGCAGCAAUCCUUCCUGCUGCAAGCCCAAGCUGUGCAAAGAUUUCAGCUGCAACGCUGGCUUUGCGCUGAGGGCCGGCGCCACCAUGGGCAAGAAGUUGCUGCGGGGUAGCACCAGCGACGAGUGCUGCGAGAAAAAGCUCUGCCGGAACUGGAAGUGCAGUGAUCCCACAAAGUGGGUGGCAAAGGCAGAUGAGACCAACAAUGCUCUUGAGAGGCAAGGCUGGAGCGAUGAGGAGUGCUGCACUCCGAUUACCUGCAGCAGCGUCGAUUGCGUCCCAGAGUCAUUGUGGACUCCAAAAUCUGCCGACGAGCUGGAAGGCCUCCAAGGUAGCAAGAGCGAGCAGUGCUGCAAUCCUAGAUGGUGUGCUGUCUACACCUGCACGGGUGACAUCCCUGACAUGAAUGUCUCCAGCACCAAAUGGUUCAAAAAGAUGGACACGAACCAUUUCAAGUUCCGAGGGAGCACUGACGAGGAAUGCUGCCAUCCAAAGUACUGCAGCGAGUUCUUUACUGCCUUCCCCACCAAGUAUGAGCGGAAGCCGGAAGAUCACGUGAAGCCGAGGCAGGGCAGCACGGAAGCAGAGUGCUACAACGAGCUGAAGUGCAGCGACUACUGCUGCGUCAACCCAGACUUGAGUCUCAAGGAGGAUGCGGCACAAAUCUUGGGGAGCACUGAUGCAGAGUGUUGCGAGCAGCCGAAGUGAGCCACAGGCUCUCUUCCUACGGUCUCACAAGCCCCUCAGUCCUGCAACGACCAGUUG